GGCGGUGCCCGCCACCCACUCCCCAUUGUGUGCCUCGUGCUGAUGUGCUCCUGUGUGCUCUGGACCCUGACAACGAAGCUGACGCAGCCAGUGAAAGCGGACAACCACGGGUGAGAAGGUAACAGUGGUGUCAGGAGUGAGGAUUUAGUGUCCUGUGUUUUAUCAUGCUUGUGGUUGCUUGUGACUGGUUAGUGUGAUGAAGCAUGCUGAGGCUAAUGGCGGUGGUGGUGAGGCUGAGCCGGGUGAGAGGAAGCCCGACCAGCUCCUGCCCCUCCUGGUGCCGUGGGCGGGGACUGGGGCCUUGUUGGAGCCGCAGGCCUGUGGAGGGCUCCUGGGGGCCCGCCAGCGGCCUCGCGGCCUCUGGGAAACGCGAGUUUGUUGGCGUCAAGUUCCCUGCCAUCUUCCCUCGCUUCCCCGUCCGGCAUGGCGCGCGCGCUGUCUUUGUCAACUCCACUCUCACCGCCUCGCUCGCCUUUCCUCUGCUUCAAGUCUCGCAAGCCUGCGAGUACGACGGUAAGGUGGCCUGGGAGUUCUAUGCUGCCCAGUUUGAUCUGCUGGCGGCUGCACAGGGUUGGGACCAGGCUGAGAAGGCCUUGCAGCUGGCCACAGCUCUCAGGGGUCCAGCUAUCGAGGUUUUUAGCCACCUCCCGCCAACGCAGCGUGCCUCCUUCCCUGACAUUGCUGAGGCACUGCGUCGUCGCUUCGGGCACCGCCACCAGGCUGAGGUGUAUCGUGCCCAGCUGAAGAAGAGGACGAGGCAGAGGGGCGAGACGCUGUCCCAGCUGGCCCACGACGUAGAGGCACUGGUGAGAAGGGCGUACCGAACGGCUGGUGAGGAAAUGGUCACCAUGUUGGCGCGUGAUGCCUUCCUGGAUGCCUUGGUGGACCACCAGCUGCAGAUUUAUGUGAGGCAGGCACACCCAGCUGACGUGCAAGUGGCUUUGGCUCGUGCAAUGGAGUUUGAGGCCUUCAUACUGACCGCGAACUCCCUGUCUACCUUCGCCCGGCCCCGCAGUGACGUGAGAGGACGCAAGGCUCAAGUGAAGAGGAGGCCAGCGUCACGUGCGGCGAGCCCGGGAGCUUUCUGCGGGCGGUGCUGACGGUGCGAUGA